UUAAAAUCAGGGCCCUCCCUUUUACGUAGUUACCCCUGGCCUGACCCGCCGCCGCACACCCGGCGCUAGACGUCAAUCCGUCAUCGCAGCAGCUGCAGUACCUUACCUCAUGUGCCUUUGUUGAACGUGCGCGCCCGUGAUAUCUCAACGGUCUUUAAAUGCUUAAGAAAGUCCAACACCACAUGCUAUAGUAGACAUCCUUUUCUCUCUUGUUUUGCGACGCAUAUAGACAGAAACAAUACCUAAAAAUACCACCAACCUAAACAAUAAACCACCAAGAUGACAGCCCUAGAAACAGCCGACGACGCACCCGGCCUCAGAAACCGCCGCCGCUCCUCCUCCCAUGACACCACAACCCUCCUCUCAACAGUAGAAUCCUCCGCAGCCGCCCUCGAACGCAAAGUCGAAAACGCCCUCCUCGUCCUCUGGGACGACCUACCCGCCUGGCGCCGCGACAACCAAUUCAUCAUCACGGGCUACCGCCCCGACUCCAACUCGUACCGCGCCUCCUUCCGCUCUUUGGGCUACCUGCACAACGAGUCCGUCAACAUCUGGUCCCACCUCCUCGGCGCCGUCGCCUUCGUGAUUACCGGCGCCGUCCUGUACGCCGUCAUCGCGCCGCGCUACGAGUCGGCGAGCGAUGCCGACAUGAUUGUCUUUGGGUGCUUCUUUGCCGGCGCCGUCGCGUGUCUAGGCAUGAGUGCGACGUACCACGCCAUGAGCAACCAUUCGCCCGAGGUCGCCAAGUGGGGGAAUAAGCUGGAUUACUCGGGGAUUGUGUUUCUUAUCGUGGGCAGUUAUGUGCCGGCCAUGUAUUACGGCUUUUAUUGCCAUCCUGCGUUGCUCAAGUUUUACCUCACAACGAUCUGCCUCCUAGGCCUAGGCUGCGGCGCAGUCUCCUGGAUCGAAUUCUUCCGCGCCCCGGAAUGGCGCACCUUCCGCGCCUGCAUGUUCACCGCCCUCGGCACCUCGGGCGUCGUCCCCGUCCUCCACGGCCUGACAAUCUACGGCCGCCAGGAGAUGGAGGACCGCAUGAGCCUGAGCUGGGUCGUCCUGCACGGCCUCAUGUACAUCUUUGGCGCUUUUCUGUACGCCUUCCGCUGGCCGGAGCGCUCGUUCCCGCGCACGUUUGACAUCUGGGGCAGCUCACACCAGAUUUUUCACUUUUUCGUGGUGAUGGCCGCCGUGACGCAUUUGUAUGGCAUGGCUAAGGCUUUUGAUUAUCAUCAUACUGUUACGGGGGGCAAGUGUUUCUGAUCAGAGGGUUUUAUAGGUGUUGGUAGAUGGUGUAAUGAGGUUCAUGAGUUUCGGAUACAUGAUGUUUUCCGCUUGAUAGAAGGUUGAUAAUAGAG